GAGGCGGCCGUUUGCGGGCUCUAGAUACUAUUCUCCACCGGCCAGAUCCCGCUAAGGGGAUCUCGGGUCGGUGGGUUUGACAGCCCGGGUCACCCAGCAGCCCAGGCCGAUCUCCCGAGGGCAUUAGCACAGCACUUCCGUACCGGUUCUUGUCAUCGCCGUCCGUCCGCUGCUGCCGCCCCCGCAAGGCUUCGCCGUCGCCGGAGCCACUUCCAGCGACUCGCCGCGCUCGAUUCUCUUCGCUUCGCUCCCCGCCAACCGCAACCAUUGACGCCAUGUCGGGUUAUUCGAGUGACCGAGACCGCGGCCGGGAUCGAGGGUUUGGUGCCCCUCGAUUUGGAGGAAGUAGGGCAGGGCCCUUAUCUGGAAAGAAGUUUGGAAACCCUGGGGAGAAACUGGUUAAAAAGAAGUGGAAUCUUGAUGAGCUGCCCAAAUUUGAGAAGAAUUUUUAUCAGGAACACCCUGAUUUGGCUAGGCGCACAGCACAAGAGGUAGAGACAUACAGAAGAAGCAAGGAAAUUACAGUCAGAGGUCACAACUGUCCAAAGCCAGUACUGAAUUUUUAUGAAGCGAACUUCCCUGCAAACGUCAUGGAUGUGAUUGCAAGGCAGAACUUUACUGAACCUACAGCUAUUCAAGCUCAGGGAUGGCCAGUUGCUCUAAGUGGAUUGGAUAUGGUUGGGGUAGCACAAACUGGAUCUGGGAAGACAUUGUCUUAUUUGCUGCCUGCCAUUGUCCACAUCAAUCAUCAGCCAUUUCUAGAGAGAGGUGAUGGGCCUAUUUGCUUGGUGCUGGCACCAACUCGGGAACUGGCCCAACAGGUACAGCAAGUAGCUGCUGAAUACUGUAGAGCAUGUCGCUUGAAGUCCACUUGUAUUUAUGGUGGUGCUCCCAAGGGACCACAGAUACGUGAUUUGGAGAGAGGUGUGGAGAUCUGUAUUGCAACACCUGGAAGACUGAUUGACUUCUUAGAAUGUGGGAAAACCAAUCUAAGAAGAACCACCUACCUUGUCCUUGAUGAAGCAGAUAGAAUGCUUGAUAUGGGAUUCGAACCCCAAAUAAGGAAGAUUGUGGAUCAGAUAAGACCUGAUAGGCAAACCCUAAUGUGGAGUGCUACUUGGCCAAAAGAAGUAAGACAGCUUGCUGAAGAUUUCUUGAAAGACUAUAUUCAUAUAAACAUUGGUGCACUAGAACUGAGUGCAAAUCACAACAUUCUUCAGAUUGUGGAUGUGUGUCAUGACGUAGAAAAGGAUGAAAAGCUUAUUCGUUUAAUGGAAGAGAUCAUGAGUGAGAAGGAGAAUAAAACCAUUGUUUUCGUUGAAACCAAAAGAAGAUGUGAUGAACUCACUAGAAAAAUGAGGAGAGAUGGGUGGCCUGCCAUGGGUAUCCAUGGUGACAAGAGUCAGCAGGAGCGUGACUGGGUUCUAAAUGAAUUCAAACAUGGAAAGGCUCCUAUUCUGAUUGCUACAGAUGUGGCCUCCAGAGGGCUAGAUGUGGAAGAUGUGAAAUUUGUCAUCAAUUAUGACUACCCUAACUCCUCAGAGGAUUAUAUUCAUCGAAUUGGAAGAACUGCUCGCAGUACCAAAACAGGCACAGCAUACACUUUCUUUACACCUAAUAACAUAAAGCAAGUGAGCGACCUUAUCUCUGUGCUUCGUGAAGCUAAUCAAGCAAUUAAUCCCAAAUUGCUUCAGUUGGUCGAAGACAGAGGUUCAGGUCGUUCCAGGGGUAGAGGAGGCAUGAAGGAUGACCGUCGGGACAGAUACUCUGCGGGCAAAAGGGGUGGAUUUAAUACAUUUAGAGACAGGGAAAAUUAUGACCGAGGUUACUCUAGUCUGCUUAAGAGAGAUUUUGGGGCAAAAACUCAAAAUGGUGUUUACAGUGCUGCAAAUUACACCAAUGGGAGCUUUGGAAGUAAUUUUGUGUCUGCUGGUAUACAGACCAGUUUUAGGACUGGUAAUCCAACAGGGACUUACCAGAAUGGUUAUGACAGCACUCAGCAAUAUGGAAGUAAUGUUCCAAAUAUGCACAAUGGUAUGAACCAACAGGCAUAUGCAUAUCCUGCUACUGCAGCUGCGCCUAUGAUUGGUUAUCCAAUGCCAACAGGAUAUUCUCAAUAAGACUUUAGAAGUAUAUGUAAAUGUCUGUUUUUCAUAAUUGCUCUUUAUAUCGUGUGUUAUCAGACAAGAUAGUUAUUUAAGAAACAUGGGAAAUGCAGAAAUGACUGCAGUGCAGCAGUAAUUAUGGUGCACUUUUUCGCUAUUUAAGUUGGAUAUUUCUCUACAUUCCUGAAACAAUUUUUAGGUUUUUUUUGUACUAGAAAAUGCAGGCAGUGUUUUCACAAAAGUAAAUGUACAGUGAUUUGAAAUACAAUAAAUGAAGGCAAUGCAUGGCCUUCCAAUAAAAAAUAUUUGAAGACUGAA